UUGCAGUUGCUUGUGUAGUAAGCGGAAUUAAGAAAGUGAGAUGUUAUUAUUGAGUUGUACAUAGUGAGUAUGAUGUAUAUGGGAUUUAAUUAUUGGGUUCUAAAUUUGUUGUACGUCUGUUACACUAUGAUAAGAAAGACUAUCGUCGUUUGUGCAAGCUGAAGACUUUAAAGUACAUUUGUCUUGUGCAAAAACCUUAUCAAGAAGAAAGAGGGGAUGUAUUUGACGUACCGUAUUCCCCUCAAACGGCAAGAAUUAAGGGACACGUGCGUGCCAUUUGGUAGUGAGUGACAUAAAUGCGCUCGGCUAUCAGUGUUAUUUUGUCGAGUCCGGUACCCGACAAUAAGAUGUCUCAUCCUGAUUACGAGCAAACUGCUCAUGAUCACGCGGCAUUACUCCUGCUUUUAAGACCCAUUGGUACACAAAUUAAACAAAAAACUGUUACCAGGUUAUGCGAACGAAUAAUUAAAGCAGGUAGCAGAUUUACUGUCACUGAUUCUACCGGCGGAACACGUGAAAUCCUUGCUAGAUUUGUUAGAGAACAUCCCGUCGAAAAUAAUGAUUGGGGAGAUUUUCAAACGCACAGAAAACUGUUGGGGUUAAUUACAUUUGGCAAAUAUGACAACCAAGCAGAACUCAAUGAACUCUGUAGAGUUCAUGUAACUUUAAAAGGAAAGUAUAGCGCAACGCUGUACGAUUCGCGUGCUAUAUUUUUUGGUCCAACGGAAACAAACAAUCUGCAUGAACCACCGUCGUCGUUUAGUACACCAUCAAAUUUUAAAACUUGCGCUGUGUUUUAUACCGAUGAGACCUGCCCCGAUCUUGAAGUUCACAUUAUGGAGUGCCUGAAUUCUCUGUUUUGGAUCUUGGAAUCCAAGAGAUUAGAAAGAUCCAAAGAAAAAAUAGAUAGGGUUUCACUUUUGUUAGCACCUUUUGAAAAGAAAGAUUUUAUAGGACUGGAUCUUGAGUCCAGAAAUAAUAGAAAAAGAUGUGUAGGUCGCAUGACGAAACAUUUAGGUGAUUUGUGUCUUCAAGCUGGACUUCCAGCGGAUGCUUUAAGUAAUUAUAAUUCAGCAGCUAGUGUAUUACAAGCAGUGAAUGAUUGGCUAUGGCUAGGAGCAGCGUUCGAAGGUUUAUGCGCUGCGUCUGCUCUAGUGUUAUAUCCAAAUAUGUGUAGAAGUCUUCCAUUACAAAGAAACUCUUCCCUUCAAGAAGGAAGUCCAGGUAAGCAGAGACGAGGUUCACAAGCUAUUACAACUUUACCAUCACCACCUGCUGUAGACGUAGUAAAAAGCAGUAUGCCACACAUUUUAUUACCUGAAGAGAUAUCAAAGAAAUAUCGUGAGGCGAUAGUUCAUUAUAGUAAAUAUCAAUAUGCUGGAAUAAUCGAGACAGAAGCUAGCUUUAAAGCUACAAGAAUUUCUAUAGAGCAAAAUUGCACUUUGCAAGCUGCUUCUUAUUUAAAUAAUGUUAUACUUAUAAAUUUAUUAUUAAGCGAACAAGAGAAAAUCGAUCGAUUUACUACAUUGUCAGAUUUAUACACAAGCUUUGGUUUCAUAAGGAAAUCAUCAUUUUGUUUAAGAUUAGCUGCAACAAGACACGUAUCUCAAAAUAAUCCUAAUCCAGAUUGGCAACAGUGCUAUAACUUAAUGCUACAAGCCACACCUGGAUUUAAACUGUCUUUAGAUCCUGUCGAUAUGACUCCCGAUACGCAUAGAGGUUGGCCAGUUAUUCAGAUUCAAGUGAUAAAUGAUCUUGUUGCUGCCGCUAAUCGUAUGGGUAAUCCAGCACUUGCAACUAGGCAUAUGACAUUUUUGCUUCAAACAAUGUACAACUAUUUGACCCCUAUCGAGCGCAAAGACACCGCUUUGCAACUACAAAGCGUAUCUCAACAAUGCGAAGGUGCUCCUGUACCACUCGUUCUAGAUUCGGGAACAGUUAUACCACCUGCUAAUUUAACGAAUAUUCCAAAAACAAAAUCAUUCGUAUUGAAAAAUAUGCAAUCGCACCUUCAGCCUCAAAAGAUUGAAAGAGUCAAAGAAGACCAUGGUCCUUUCUUAUUUACGCCGAUUAAUUUUGGCUCAUUGGAGAGAAAGAAUACAUCUAAAAGUAAAGUUGAUUACUUGUGGGUAGAGGGUGACAUUUGUGAAGUAUCGAUGCAGCUCAUUAAUCCCUUACCAUUUGAACUUAAUGUGUCCAAUAUGAGACUUCUUACAAAUGGAGUAGUAUUCGAAUCAAUCCCAGAAAGUAUUAUACUUCCUGCAGAGUCAGGACCAAUUGCAGUAACAUUAGCAGGCAGGCCUAAAGAAAUUGGAGACUUGGAAAUACUUGGUUUUAGUACACAUACAUUAGGAGUAAAAUCUAACUGCAGAUUAAGGUACAUGGAAGGAAUGGUUCAUCCCCAAUAUACUGUUGAAGUAGUUCCAGCUUUGCCAAGGAUAGAAGUGGCUACAAGUUUACCUCAGACUGCAAGUUUUAGUUCUGGAGAUAAUAUAGUAACUAGUGCAAGUAUAUCACUGUAUGGUGGUGAAAGCGCUGAAUGUACUGUAACUAUUAAAAACUCUGGCCAAGUUCCUAUUGAAACGAUUGAGUUGUCAGUACAAUCUACACUAGAUGCGAUAACUGAACACAAAAUAUUCAAUUGGAACGAUGAAAAUUUAAUGACACAAUUACCAUUGCAGCCUGGUGUCAGUGCAAGUCUUACCUUAUAUUUGUACGCGACCACAGAUUUUAUUGCACCUAUAUCCCGGAACGAUAUUACUAGCAGUACAUAUCUCAGUCAACCAAGCAGUUUAAUGUCCCAUUCGGGGCAUAGUUCGUUACCAUCUAGAUUAAGUUCUCCGUCGCAUACAAAACGACAAUCUGAGUUAACUUCCUCGUUCAGAUCAGGUUUAAGUUCUCAUUCUGGCAACUCUUCCAUGGUUAGUUCGCGUUUAUCAAAGCUUGCUGUUCCACUACACGCUUCAAAUGUUAUCGAGGGCCAAUUAAAAAUAAAGUACUCAGGUGGUGCUGGUUUAACGGCAGGUUAUUGUCGUACUUCGUCAGUAUUUGUAACCAUCGAAAUGUUACCCAGCGUACAAAUUACGAAUUGGGAUGUGCUUCCAGCAGAAACACCAUCGCAGUUUUAUCUCGUAUUAGACUUAACGAAUAUGACCAAUCAUGAAAUGGAAUUGCAUUAUACGCAAACUAAAUGUAUAUAUAUGGAGGGUAAAGAGUCUUGUAGAAUUCCCGUACCAGUUGAUCGAUGCCCGCUUCAUAAAUUAUCUACGUUAAAUGGAGUUGGUGAUAUUGGAGAACUUCAAAAAAUUUGUUCUGAGCAUAUUGCCUCCUUGGUUGAUUUACGAUGGCAAUUACUAGGUACAGAUUCGACUGGGAAAGCAAUACUUUCUGGCAUUACUCUCACUCAGGAUAUGUUGGACCUCGUUAGAAUGAGUCCUUUGCAAUGGGAGAUAAAAAUAAAUGACGCACUUGUGAAGGCACAGGAUGAACUGACAUGUAGUUUAGGCGAAUGCGUUAGCGUCGGGAUAGGAGUAUGUAACGCUUUGGAACACCCUUUGAGCGAUCUCACAUUGUCUAUUAAUUUUUAUCAGGAUCACCAUAAUGGGGUCAAUAAUUAUCAACUAGAAACAAGGCUAUCUAUUGCUGGUGCAAAUAAAGUUAUGCUCCCAGUAUUACAGGAAUACGGGAGAGUUUAUCACGAAUGCCGUGUAGUGUUCUUCACAACUGGACAAUACAAAAUAGAUAUUCAAUGUAGUAGUAAAGAAUCGGCCCCGAACACACCAAUACUUUGUUCGGAAUUAAUAAAUGCUGGACACACAUGGCGUUAUAUACCACCAAUAGAAAUAACUGUUGAUGAUUAUUAACAUAUGUAGCAUAAUUUAAUGCGCGGCUUUGUAACAUUUGUAAAAAAGGAAAAAAUAAAUACUUCUAUGCCUUGUUAUAAUAAUUAAAUGUGAAAAAAAAAAAGUUUAACAAUCAAUACUUUCACUUUGUUUAAUAAAGU